GAAACAUAUGAAUUUUUGACAAUGUGAAUAUUUAAAUCAUCAGGGAACUACAAACGAAAACAAUGCUAACAUUCCACAAGGUUCUGGUCAGAACGGAUGUCAUAAAGGAAAGAAAUAAGCACAAGUGCUGAUAAGGAUGUCAGAAGAACACCCCAUACAUGCUGCUAAUGGGAGUGGAAAGUGAUACAGCAACUGUGAAAAUAGGUGUAUUGUCUCCCUCUCCUCUAUCCUCUCCGUGUUCAUGAGAUCUAUACAUCUUCUAAGACCCUGGAGGCAUCCAGUUCAAUGACAGUUCAGAAAGUCAUGGCUCAGCUUUUCAUUUUAGAAAGAUUUGUACAAUGAGCAGAUUAAUAUUCUCUCCUGGGGUCAAAUUCUAUGUUUUGUGGGAACCUGAGAAUCAUUACCUAACAGCAGUGCAUGUGGGAAACAGAGGGCUGAAAAAUGAGCGAAGAGACGAGAGAAGAUGGUAAAAACCAGCUCAUUCUUGUAGAAAGCCAAAGAACACUUCUAUUGGCCAAGAAAAAACGUGGAAGGGAAUAUUUAUACCUCAGCAACCAUCAAUUUCUGCUUUCCUAAACAUUCCAUCAGAACUGGUUUUGCUUCUUCCAUUUCUCUGCAAACUGCAAAUAAUUAUGGAUAAGACAAAUGAAUACUUACUUAAAUUUAAAGGAUAUAAUUUUGGGAAAAGCAUUGUGAACAUCGAACACUUAGAAACUAUGGAAGACUUUGAAAUUAGAGAUGACGAUGUCUUCAUAAUCACAUAUCCAAAAUCUGGUACCAUCUGGACUCAACACAUCCUCAGCUUGAUUUAUUUUGAGGGCCACCGGAACAGCACUGAAAACAUGGAAACAGUGGACAGAGCACCCUUCUUUGAGUACAAUAUUCAUAAUUUAGACUUUGUCAAAAUGCCAUCACCGCGAAUCUUCACUACCCAUCUUCCAUAUUACUUAGUGCCAAAAGGUCUCAAGAAGAAAAAUGCUAAAAUUCUUUAUAUUUACAGAAAUCCCAAAGAUGUUUUGACCUCAUUUUUUCAUUUUUCAAAUUGGGUGGUUACCUUAGAAGCUACAGAUACCAUUGAACAUUAUCUGGAAAAAUUUCUAGAUGGAAAAGUUUUAGGAAGCUGUUGGUUUGAUCAUAUUAGAGGCUGGUAUGAACACAGACAUGACUUCAACAUUAUGUUCUUGAGCUAUGAAGACAUGAAGAAGGACCUUAGAAGCUCAGUGCUUAAAAUCUGCAGCUUUCUGGAGAAAGAGCUGAGUGAAGACGAUAUGGAUGUUGUGGUGAAACAAGCUGCAUUUCAGAACAUGAAACGUGACCCACGAGCAAAUUACAAUAAUGUUAUGCAAAAUGAAAUUGGGGCAAGAAACAAAGGCUCUUUUCUGCGUAAAGGUACCAUUGGAGACUGGAAACGUCAUUUGACUGUGGAGCAGAAUGAAAGAUUUGACAUGAUAUUCGAGAGGAACAUGAAAAAAAUUCCCUUGAAGUUUAUCUGGGAUAUAAAUGAAGAAUAGAAUUCUAAUGUUUUAUAACAAACAUAAAAGUUCAUUAAGCAAUAGGCAUACUUUUGUAUCAAUAGUGAUAUGUUUCUGUAUGUGAAUCAUUGAAUGGUAAACUUUAUAAGGAUCAAGGUGAAUAAACUAUGCCUGGGUAAAUUGUAA